GCCUUUUGAACGGGGGCCGAAGUGGGGUUGCUAUGGUGAUGCCUGUCAACCGGGAAGUCCUCUAAGGAGGCAGGCAGUACCAGAGAGAGAGAGAGAGAGAGAAAGAGGCAGAAUGCUUGUGUGUCCUGUGUAGUUUCAUGAGUGAGAGGAAAAGAGCAGGGAGGGCUUGCAGCGUGGUUUACGUGCAGGCAGACCGACUGAGGUGUGAGGUCACUUGUUGGUGCCACUUUUAAGACACUUUUGAUGCUGGGCACAAGAAUUUGAUUUCUGCAACACAAGGAAACAGAUCACAUGCAGUCUCAGCAACGUUUAGAAGUGGUUGCCGAUCCAAAUGGCUCCCAGAUUACCUUCUCUAGAGAGCCUGGAGUUUCCUCCGGUCAGCAGAUCAUUACAUCUCCAGAGCUGACCCAUGAGGUGAUCAUCUCCCCAGGACUCCCUACACCUCCUCUGAGCCCUUUUCGCUCCACAGGACUGGCAUUAGGAGAGUUCAAGGUGUCAGAGAUGAAUGGAAGUGGACCAACUACUCUCAGCUUUGGAUCUUACUAUGGCCCCUCACAAUUGCAUGGCGGACUGUCCAAUGGCGUCCAGAGCUCUGCCACUUUACCACGCAGCUGGACUCCCACCAAGGAGGAGAGGCUCAUUAAGUUCUCAGGAAUUGGUCCAGUGGAUGAAACCGGGAUGCCCAUUGCCUCCAGAUCAAGUGUGAACAAGCCCAGAGACUGGUACAAGAGCAUGUUCAGACAGAUCCACAAAAAGCCAGAGGAACCUGAUCUGGAGGAUUCAGAGCAGUGGUCAGCCGAACUGCCCCAGAUAUCUGCCAACACAGAAGAAAGUAAUGAAGCAGACAGGAAUCUCUUCAGACUAACACCUUAUGGAGCUCUACCAGACUGGAGUGAGGAUGUAGAUAAGCUGUCAGACCCGGGAAAGCAGCACCCACAACCGAAGAGCAUAUUUGACUUUGAGCCUGGAAAGAGCACCUCCUCAGAAAGCCACAGCCAGACUUUAUCCCCUAAGAAACAGCCUGAGAAACCAAAGUCCCCUUCAAUUGAGGCCAGUCUGGUUUCUGAGCUGAGUCGAUUUGAGGCUGAGCUGGACUCGGAGAUCCAGGGCCUGGAGAGGAGACUUUCCCAGAAGAAGCAGCGUCGAGGCCGGGGUGAGGAGGCCAGGGCCAGGGAUCCAGUAACUAAUCCAAAGCCUGGGACUACAAACUACAGCAAUUCAUCAGCAUCAAAGCAGCCUGUCCAUCGUUCUGUUGGCACAUCAUCAACUUCUGCUCCCACAUAUGUAGAACGUCUUUCCCCUGCAAAUGAAACCAUGGACCUCCCACCUAAGAAAGAGGAGAAAAAGAUGAAAGCGGCCCGAGCCAAGUUCAAUUUCCAGGCUCAGUCCCCCAAGGAGCUCACGCUGCAGAAAGGCGACAUUGUUUACAUCCACAGGCAGGUAGAUGCCAACUGGUUUGAAGGAGAACAUCAUGGAAGAGCUGGCAUUUUCCCCACAUCUUACGUGGAGAUUCUGCCUCCUACAGAGAAGCCGACUCCUAUAAAGAAUCCCACUUUACAGGUGUUGGACUACGGAGAAGCUGUGGCUCUGUUUAACUUCAACGCUGACCUACCUGUUGAACUUUCUUUUCGCAAAGGUGAAGUGAUCGACAUUACCAGGCGUGUUGAUGAUCAAUGGUUAGAGGGGAGGAUCUCAGGGACCAGUAGGAGCGGCAUCUUCCCAGCCAGUUAUGUCCAGGUCAACAAGAUGCCCCGCACUAAAUACUCCACGGAUGACUACUCACCUGGCCCCAUGUCUCCCGUCACCCCUGGACCUCAGAGUCCAGGACGUCCACUCCACUCACCCUGCCCACAGUCACCAUUGUCCCCUUUCACCCCCACUUCCCUCAGCCCCAAACCCGAGCACUCCCCCCUGAAGCCGUCUUCACCUCUACCUUAUGGCAGCCCCGCUUCACAGUCACGCUCCCCCACCCAGACACCCGCCAAUCGGUGGCCCCAUAGCACCUCCAAAUGUGCUUCACCCACCAACCAGAACAGCCACUGGACUGGGACACACUCACAUAACCAGAGCUCUGUGGCUAGAGCUGUUUCACCUUCCACUCAGUCACCAGCGUCUGUACACAGAGCAGGAGCUACCACAGCGAACACUCCCAGAUACAUUGACCCCUCACAGGGUGCAAUACCAAACCAAACGGCUCCAUCUAAUCCACAUUUUAGCUAUCUGCCGCAAGUGCCAAACAAACCUGGUUCAACAGCGGCACAACGCCAACCAUACAAAGCUGUUUACAACUACAAACCACAGAAUUCAGAUGAGUUGGAGCUCAGAGAAGGAGACAUUGUGCAAGUGAUGGAGAAAUGUGAUGAUGGCUGGUUUGUAGGUACGUCAGAACGGACUCGUGCUUUUGGGACCUUUCCUGGGAAUUAUGUGGCACCAGUUUGAUCUCCUCACUUCCUGCUUGCCCACAUCCACCUGGACUCAUAAGACCCCAACUAAUAUCUUAAACUCACUCCAACAGGUCCUGCUUUGACACCUCAGCAUUUUUUCAUCCCAUUUACCCACCACACUCCUACAUCUGAUUUAGUCAGACCUGCAUGUUCUCCCUGUUUCCCAGAACAGGGGUGAAGGCAGGGACACUAUUGAGUGGUUUCUCACCUCACCUCCCUGCAUGACUGCAUGUGUGUGUGUUCCACUGAGACUUGGGGAGUGUUUUCACACACAUCACUUUAGAGGAAAGAAUGAAUGCUGAUGAUACUGUUUCAGAUGCAAAGAAUGGACUUUUUUGUUCCACAACUAUUUCCAGCUGUAGGAAAUUUGCAUUCCUUCCCACUGAACAGUGCUGUUCCUUCUGAGCUCCUGAUACAAGUAUGAUGCUGCAUUCAGAUUUUUGUCACCACAGUGCCAUCACAAACCACUGCUGAGAAGUUUGAAGUAGGGUGGCACAUUUUUUCCUGGCAUUUCAGUGGAUUAAUGUUUCCUUCAAAUAUCUUCCUCAGAUUUUCUUUCAGAUCUCUGAAAAUACCCAGGGCAAGUUUGAGGAAACGACACGGACAUCUGUAGAUGUGUGCUAAAAGUAAAGCGCAGUAAGGGCUCGGACAUGUCAAGAUAAGUUUUCAGCCCUUCAAAGGGCUAUGCAGAAGAGCGGAUAUAAUUAAUGCAUGUACUGGUUUCUUAAGCAAGUUAUAGAGAAUAUUUGCCUUUUUAAAUGAUGUUUGUCCCACUUUAGUCACGGAGUGGAAAGCCAAAGGUGGAAGUAAUGAGAGAGAUCGGGUUCUGUGCUGUAAUAGAAGUUACUUUAUGAAAUAAAAUUUCGAAUCUCUGUAAGUUAUACAAGAUCAGCUGGGUUGAAGUUAAAUCUAGACACUGCCUCUACAGAAAAUAGUUGAAUGAUCGUUUGAAGUAUUUGAUGUGCCAAAUCUAACUUUUCAUGAUGUUUCUCUUUUAAAUUCUCCAAUCCCAGCUCACUUUUAUUUCUGCUACAUUAGCUACUACUGCUUUUAUAAUGUUUUCUCUGUUUACAGAGUUACCAUUCUCACUCACAUUCUCACCAGAACCACUAACUGAAUGUUUGUACCAGUGCAACCUUUGACAAGUGUCCAAUUAAAAAUCCUUAUCCUGAAGUCAUUUUGCAAUUUCAUAAAAUAUAUUCAUGAUUUCAUUUUCAUUUCAUUUUGUAAAAAUGAAUCAUAUUUAGUAGACACAGGAGAUGUUUGUACAGACUGUAACCUUUUAUCAAAUUGAAAGUAUAAUAUAUAUUUGCUUAUAAAACAAUGUAUCUCAUAUGUAUGGUACGCAUUUUUUAAAGCAAUUAAACAUUACAGAGUGAUACUAAAA